AUGCCGAAGCAAGAGUUCGAUAACUGGGACUUGUGGGCGGGCGCCAUCUGCUUCGGUCUCUUCAUGGCGUUCGUUCUGAUCACUUCGUGCACCUGCAUCAACUACUGCUGCGUUCGCGACGAGGACGAACUCACCAAAAUGGAAAUCGUGAGUUCUUGGCCAAAUUCUGAACGGAAUAAGUGAGAUGGGGGUAUUUAUGGGAUUCCCCCAGGGCUGGGCAAUUGGCCUGCAAGGGCUUUUCGUUGGCCGACCAUUGACCUGGACAUUUGAACCACUUGCAAUAUUCCGAUCGGACCCAAACUUUGCAGGCUUCUUGGACAUGGGUUGAAGCAUACUGGGACCAAGUUUCAGCCCGAUCGGAUCAGCUGGUCCCGAGAUAUGUGGAUCAUUAGCCGAAAUUGGCCGGAAGCCCGGGCUUUUUGGAAAAAAUCGGCCAAUGAUCCACAUAUCUCGGGACCCGACGAUCCGAUCGGGCUGAAACUUGGUCCCAAUGGCCCUCAAUCCAAGUACAACAAUCCUGCAAAGUUUGGGUCCGAUCGGAAUAAUGCAAGUGGUUCAAAUGUCCAGGUCAAUGGUCGGCCAACAAAAAGCCCGGGCCGGCCAAUUGCCCAGCCCUGCCCUGGAUUCCCCCCUUGAUCACCAACUGAUAAUUUCAGAAGUCCCAGUCAUCUGUGAAGCAACUUUGAAAAAUUCUAAAUAAGAUCAGGGUGAUACAGUACGAUAUGAGGCGAAAUGUGUUGUAAAAUCUUUCAAAAUAGUGUCAACGCGACGACACUUUUUCAAAUCAGAACGUCCUACCGUAUCGCCCUGAUUUUUAUCAGAUUUUCCCAAAUUAUUUCCAAAAUUUGUUGCCCAGUUAGAUGAAUUUUCGCUAUUGUAGACGACUGGGAGCGCGUCUCACCGUCUCCGCGUACUUUCCAUAACUUUUCCUCAUUUGUCCUUCGCGCGCACUUCUCUCAACCUCUUCUUUCGAUGAUAGAUCGUGACCGGAAAUUGACCUGUUGCCACCUCUCCAAAAUAAUUUACUUGAUUCGAAUGAAGUACGAUCCGUUUUCUUUUUUCAGUGGGGCGCCGAACACAAAGUACGGCUUCGUCUGGGCCCGCACUCGGAGAAGACGCUGGAGAAGAAGAUGGUGGAGAGAAUAAUCGAGUAG